GGAUGAAUCCAUGUAGAUAGAUCUCAUACACAACAUACACACAGUGUAGGUAGGUAGAAGUACAGCUGGAUGGAUGGAUAGAUGGACAGAGGGAGGAAGGGAACUAACUGCAUUAAUGUGCAAUGCAAUUAGCAGAGCGAGCGACCCGUAACUGUGACUGUGAUAUGUACUCCGACCGAGAUCCAUAUGUAUGGAUUGGGUUACAAUAAGAAAUGCAGCCAGAGUCAGUCAGCUGGCAACGCUCACACGUAUGCAGGCAUUGAUGGUAUCAACGGACAAACGUCAGUCAGCAGUCGACUUAGCUUAAGCAAGCGUCCGUCCGUCUUGUCGGUGUGGAUGUCCUGUCUCCCACUCAGUCACUGAUACUUGACGCCUCCCAUAAAGGUCCGUGCGUCGGGGGCCAUCCCUGCACACCACACGAAUGUAAGUAAUGUAAGACACACAAGUACUUGAUGUUCGCAAACAAAGGCAGGCCCUCUUUGCAUAUAGAUGCUGAGUGUGAGUGUGUGUAUGUCAUGUCGUCUGGUCCGUCGUUCCGUGUGUGUGUACCAGAGAAUGAUGCCUGUGAGAAGUCGAAUCCCGGGUGUUCUUCCUGGAACCUCUCCAGCAUGAGCUUCUUCUGCAGCUCCUGCUGCGUGAACGGGUCAACCUCACCCUGACCCUUGAACGCCGACACCCACGUCUCCCCUGCAGCACAACACAACACACACAAGGACUGUCUGCAUGGCAGCUUGCCUUGCGUGUCUGUCUGGCUGACUGACCUUUCUUGACUUUUGACAUGUGUAUGUGCAGCUCGCCGUCCUCUGUGACAGAGGGGAGCGAGUGAAGGGGUAGGCAGGCAAGCAACACACGGGCGCCCCUCUUUCUUUGACUGACUGACCUAUCAUCCAGAAGGAGCUGUCGGUCUCUAUUACACCACCCAAAUCAGCCUGUGUCAACCAACAGACAGACACACAAACCACAAACAGACAGACCACAAACAGACAGACAGACAGACAAGAUGAACGUCUUGUAUGUAUGAGCAGAGAUUUGGUUGGUAUCCAUCUGUCUGUCUGGGCAUACGGACAUCAAGGUAGGGCGGGUUGUCCCUGACGCCGACGGUGAGGUGGUGUGGCUGAAUCUUGAUGUCGAAGUGGUGCUUGGUGACGCCAGGAGGCGGCUGGAUGUACACCGACACCUCAUCCAGACCCUGCUCCCACUCAUACACCGUACGACCUGCAGUCAGUACAGCAGACACAAACAUAGAAGACAGAGAACAGACAGACAGACAGCAGGACAUUCAUCAUGGACGGCGUGCUGCUUGUUGCGUGUGUGAGGCUGUGCUGUGCUGGCCUUGGUGUUGGAAAGGCAGCCUUCCCCUGGCCUUCUCCCUCAGCCUCUUCAGCUCCUGGGGCUCCUCCUCCAUUUCUUAUCAUGCGAUGCACAUGUAUAACUAUCAACUAACUGAUUCAGGACGUCAUUCCCCUUUCAGCCUCUUCCUUGCCUGUACUCUCGCUG